AUGCCGAUGGAUGGCGUCCGAGAAGUUGAGGCGCUUCCCGAUACGCCAUACCCACUGGACGCCGCUCAAGAAGACGAAUUGGCCGCCCUACGGCGCGUUCACGAGCAGCCUUUUGUGGUGCCCGUCACGCAGCAGAUUCACAAACUAGGGGAUACCCAGAUUGUCGUGUGCGAAACCCAUAACCCCACCAUCGCGCCCGCGUAUGAGCGGGCGCUGAAAGAAAUCGCGGCUAUCGUCGAGCUCUCCCGUCGGGAGCACUCGGAGCGUCGGGUGCGGGGGCAAAGUCAACGACCGGGCCGCUGCUCCUCCCCGAGCAGCUCGAGUAGCAACCGAUUCACCCCCCGGGCGAGCCUGGGCGCGACCGCCACCACCGCCGCCGCCGCCACGACCACCAGGGAUUUCAGCACGAAACUCGUGGUAGGGGAGCCCGCCUUUCCAGGGGCCGCGGAGGUCCAAGAAGGGCUUCCCUCUCACCCCUAUCUCCCGCGGGGCAGCCCGAAUGGGAACCCCUCCUCCUCCGGGCGGUUCGGCUCCCCGGUCACCGCGCCGCAGUCGAGUGCGCGUUCGAGCGGGGGAAAGGCGGCGGGGCCGGCCCUUCGGCUUCACCCCGGCGAGGUCGGGCUGGAGCUUUCCAUCCGGCUGUCCGUCAAUGAGGUGCGCUGGCACGUCUCCCAGACCCGUCCGUUGGCGGAGUGGACCUUCAUGGUGAUCCAAACCAGCGACGAGAGCACCGUCAUCCAGACACCCAAAGGGUGGGGAGGGGAGGCCUCGUGGGAGGUGAACGAGGGGGCUGAGGAGGCCGGCGGAGAACGGUCCCCGUCGGGCGGGGGGGGGGGGCUCAUGUUCAUUAACGACCCCUCACAGGUUGAGGACGUGAUUCAGUUUAUCUCUAAAACAUUCUAUGACACGAUCAACAUGGAAACCUUUUCCGACUUCAUAUCAGGUGAGCUGGUAUUUGAUGUUCAAGCGCAGAAGUGUCAUUCUUUUAUUUGA